UCAACGUUCUUUCACUGUGGUGUGAGGUGUGCAACGUCUUAGUGAAAUAAAGAACCGAACAAGUUUUUCAGUUUAGUUUGAACUUCGGUGAAGAGUGCAGUCGCCGUUAAAAUACUACGUACAUCGAAUGGAGUCUUUCACAUGAAAUAAUUAUAAUUUCCACUGUGGUUAACAAGUUCAAUGUGUAACACUUUGUAAUAUUUUCUGUAUACACGUUCGUGAUAUGAUACAGUUAAAUCCAGUGAUUUAAUCGAAAAUUGUUUUCUUUUUAACAAAGACUUUGGAUUAUAUGAGUUUUUAAAGGCAAAUUUGGGACAAGAUGAGAUGUAAUAUUUUGUUGCUGACUUUGGUCAUUUAUUUCGUUCACGGAGAAGAGACAACGGAUUCAGAAGAACCACCAGAAGGUUAUUAUGCUUUCGUCGAAUCACCGUCAGCUGUACCACCUAAAGUUCGACCCCCACCAUAUACCCAUGUUAACUUGGAAUGCAAAGACUUGGCCAGUAAGAAGUCUUACGUAUCUGUGCAUAAUAUUUGCGGAGAUUUGAAUAAGGGGCAAAUUCCGCGCAAUCCGAUGAGACAGAAUGUGAUGGGAGAACCGUAUCCUUUUGAGCUCAUCCGCAAUCAAACGCUGAAAUUUUUAUCGAAAACACUGCCAGUAUUGAAGGCUGACGAUACGCUGCCGAAAGUCACUCAAAUUCCUGAUGACGAGAGUGUCGAUGUCUUAGAAAACAAUGGACUCGAAAAACGAAUGGGUCGAGAAAUUUCAGAAACACGUAAGGCACGAGCUGUCCCUGAAGAGCCGAGAGAGCCCAGAAAAUUCUGUGAUGGCGGUGGAAUGUUCUGCACUUUGUAUCGAGCUAUUCAAGGUGAUUCACCCAGUCCACAAGCACCAAUCGCUGAACGUCGAGAAGAAAUCGGUCCACUUCCGAGAUACGAAGGACCACCUACACCAUGCCCAGCAAAAGUUGAAUAUGCAACACCAGUAUUCGCGAAAAACUAUCAAGGAUCGUGGCGUUAUGUCGUACAAAUUCCAUACGAAGGAUACUUUACCCAAACAGUCGAAGUAACUCGUUGCCUUCAAGCACGCUGUCACUACCUGGAUGGUGGAUGUCUAUCGUCUCCGCGUUGGGUCAGCAUGCUAGUAGCUGAAAUCUUUUACCCGAACUCAGAUGAGUACACGACAACAACAACAACCAGCACAACAGCUCCACCAGUGCAAGACUUCCAAGCGUAUCAGCAAUACUUACAGAAACGAGCAGGAGUUUCUGCGACUGACGGAACAAACGCUGAGACCAAUACAAAAUUACCGCAUUGUGAUGGCAACGAUGAAAUCGGUUGUUUCCAAGUACGUUUGUACUACGACUGGUUCUUGAUACCUGGAUCGUGCAAGUGUUGGCGACCGGAUUACUUUGCUAGAUACGUUCGCCGAAAGCCCGGUAACGGUGGCGAUUUGUAAGAGGUGCUAUUUUCUUUUUGUUUAGUAAGAAAAUAACAGACUGAUGGUUUAUGAUAAACGAAAAGGUAAUAUAGAGUAACGACCAAUUUUAUUUGUCUUUGCGGGUUUUGUGUGUGGGACUACGUUUGCAUAACAAUUUUUGUUUUGCACUUGAAUGGCAAGUGCAUCGAAUAAUCGUAAAGGGGUUGUGCGAAAUCAAUUACAAAAUGUAAAUAAUCUACUGAAUAACAAAUAGACUUAGGAAUCGUGGAAUCGUCAAUUUUAUCGUUAAUUUACUUUUGUAUUUUCAAUAGGACCGUAAGACAUAUUUGAUAAAAUAAAAAAAAAUUUAACUCGUCACAUAACAG